AUGGUCGAGAGUGGUGUCCCUCAGGGUUCAGUGCUGGGACCCAUUCUGUUCCUUAUAUACGUGGACGAUGCCGCAAGAGCUUUGGACUGCGAAGCAGCAAUGUUUGCCGACGACAUGAAGAUCUGGAGUGUAAUUCGGUGUCCUGCCGACGAAGACAGACUACAGAUGAACCUGAAUCGGUUGGAGGAGUGGUCAAACCGUUGGCUCCUGCGGUUCAACGUUGCCAAAUGUAGCAUACUUCGCCUAGGCAACACAGCCAGAUCGGCCAGCACAAGAGGCUACUUUCUGGGCGGUGAAGCCCUACAAGAGGUCGAAGCCCAAAAGGACCUCGGUGUUCUGACGACAAGUUCUCUAAAGCCAUCCGCCCAUUGUUCGAGGGUCGCAAAAAACGCAAUGUCUGUAUUGUACGCCAUCAAGCGUGCGUUUAUGGACUUUGACGAAGAUGCUUUCUCAAAGACAUUCGGAACAUUCGUUCGGCCGCAUUUAGAGUACGGCAUACAAGCCUGGAGACGGUGGGCUGUUGAGGAUCAAAACUGCCUCGAAAGAGUCCAGAGGAGAGCCACGAAGAUGGUUAGGGGUCAAAGCUACUUUCCUUAUGCAACCCGCCUAGUAAAUCUGAACCUCUUUCCUUUGAGUUACAGGCAACUUCGCGGGGAUCUCUUGCAAGCCUUCCGCAUGGUAAAGGGGUUGGAUUGCAGCUAGCCUUCGAAGACAUUUUUGAAUUUGCUACCACGACCAACCUACGAGGUCACCCGUUUAAAUUGCGCACCCAGCAAGCAAGGCUGGAUGUGCGGAAGUUCUCCUUCUCUGUUCGAGUGGUCAAACCCUGGAAUGCCCUUCCCGCAGAUGUUGUGAUGUGACCAUCUAUACAAAGUUUUAAAAAGAAUUUGGACAUAUUUAUGUUGCGAAAUGACUAAGAGCGAUGAGAAGCAGGGCUCACACACUGUAACUCGUUCUCAUUUUGUCCUAUCACUAUGGGCGUGUUUGAACUAUUUUAGCCCAGAACAUUUAUCUGUAUACCACACAUUUUUUGCGUUGUAAAUAGGGUAUUCAAAGGCUUACGCCAAUUUCCCUCAAUAAACUGAAAUGAACUGAACUGAACUGAAUGAUACGUAAAAACGAUUCGUACGUAAAGUUAAUGCCUCGAUAUAGAAAAUAACAAAAAGAAUAUCAAAACUGUCUGAUAUGGGAAAAAUAAACGAAAACAGGGACUUAGCGGAACGGCGGGUUGGUAUGCGUCAAUUCAAGUCCAUGAAACCACAAAUUCUGAGCAGGGGGUAGGAACAAAAAGUUCGUUCAAAACAAUCGUCCGUUACACAGUAAAAAAAUUCAUUGUAGAGUAAAAAUUUACUGGAUUAACAUUGCAGGACAAAAAAUUGUCGUUCAUGAAAGAACAAAAAUGCUGGCAGGACCGGCCUGCAUGUGCUAGUGUAUUACGGAUUAUAAGCAGACAUCGUCAGGGCAGAAACAAAUGUCAGCCUUGAGGGGUGCGCAUGUGGGUCAGACAGUACUGGCCUGCAUGUGGUAUUGUAUACGGGAUUCAGAACUGACAUCGUCAGGGCAGGAUUGAUACGCCGAAUGAGGCUAUUCGCGUCAAAGAGGCCAGACGAGAGGAACACAGACGUGAUGGGCCACACUCAGCCUCGAUCCUAUCCGGCUAUUUUGUAGUUGAAAUCACGUGAAUACAGAAAAUUGGCCGUAACAUCAAUUAGCCGAGCUGAUCGAGGAGCAUUUUUUAACAGAAAUUUUUAAGAACGUUUUUGUUUCACUGGCGAUCAGGUGAACAAGGGAGUCGAAAGGCCUACAUUCUUCAAAGGGAAUAUCGGAAGUGUUCCCGUCGAAUAAAUUCCCAAGAAUUGACAGCAGAAUGCCAAAAUUUAGCAUAAAGUCAUUGCAGUUGUCAAGUAAAGGCAGAUUAAGCUGCCGACCAAUUACGACGGGUGACGACUGACUUGUAAUUUCUUCUGACUUAGAUUUAGGUAAGCUUUCUGGAUUAGAUUUAGUUAAGCCUUCUGACUUCGAUUUAGUUAAGCCAUGCUUACAUACAGAGGCCGUUUGAUUGUAGCUCUUCACGCACGUUGGCGGAAAAUACUAAAUGUUAAGUGUGGAGCAGCCAUAGCAUAAUGUCCAACGAACACUGGUCAAAGGCUAGUUGUGGACUGUAUGUAUGUAUGUAUAUUGAAGGGUUACAGGCAGAGCCCUUGAUGACCCUAUUUAUGUACAGUGCUUUCGCAGAUUCAUACUCAAAAGCAAAAUAAAAUUGCGGGAAUUUAAAAUGUGAUUGGGUCACAGUUCAAUCGUAAUCAUAAGGUAGUGCAUGGGGUCACUGAAAUUAGUGCGGAAGAUUGUAUAUGACAGAUUUUAAAAAACUGGCUGUGCAUAGUCAUGCUGUACAAGCCGUUUUCUGUCGAAAACUAGACGAGCAAGUUUUCUUUUAAACACACAAACUGUAUCAGCCGUCACCAUCUCGCUUGGAAGCGAGUUCCACGGCCUGACAACCCGCUGGCUGAAUGAAUAUUUUCGUCGGUCUAAACGCGUGCGCUCAUUCCUGACUUUGUAUGCAUGGCCGCGUAGUUGGUUUGUACGGGCGAACUCAAAGAAGUCCUCUGCUCUUAAUGAGCAACACUGGCCGCGAACAGUCCGGAACGUCCAGAGUAGACUGCAGUUUAUUUGUCUAUAAGAGAGAGGGAGUAGGCCAAGCAAAGUCAGCCUCUCCUGAUAAGACUACUUUUUCAGACCGUCGACCAUCUUUGUCGCUCUGCCUUGCACCUGUUCGAGUAAGUUGAUAUCCUUCCUCAUCCAUGGCGAAGCUGCUGGCAUUCCAUACUCUAGAUGAGGUCUUACAAAGACACCAAAGAGUCUUUCGAAAAGUUCGGGAGGAAAUAUUUUAAAUGCACGUCUGAUCCAGUGUAGAGUACUAGUUGCCUUCUGGACCAUCUUUCUACACUGUUCUGAUGGGGAUAGAUUUGUGGUCGUCCAUACACCCAGAUCUCUGUGUCUUUCCACAGUUUCUAACCUCGUCCCGUCAAUAUAGUACUGGUGUUUGGGAGAGGCAUUGCGGCCGGUGUUCAGGUGCAAAACCACGCAUUUAGACACGUUAAACUUCAAAAGCCAUCUGUUCGACCAAGCAAACAGUUUGUUGAUGUUCGACUGCAACUUCUCUGCGUCAUUAUCACACUUGACUUCACUCCAUAUUUUUAUGUCAUCCGCGAACAUGAGAGCCUCGUAAUUCACUUCGCUGAUGCAGUCAUUAACACAAAUUAGGAAGAGUACUGGGCCUAAGACAGAACCCGUUUGGACACCACUUUCCACCUUUACCCAUCCCGAGGUAGAAUUACUAACGACGACUCUUUGUAGUCUGGAGGACAGAAAACUCCCGAUCCACUUAAACAUUCUCCCUUGAAUCCCUACACCCCAGAUCUUUUGUAAAAGAAGCCAGUGUGAGACACUGUCAAAGGACUUCUUGAAGUCAAAAAAUAUGACAUCUACUGGAAAACCCUUAUCGGUAGCUCGUGUCCAUUUCUCGUGCGAGUAAAGAACACUCGUUAGGCAGGAGCGCCCUGGACGAAAGCCGUGUUGGGCAUCGCACAAUAUUUGUUCUGUUCCAGGUAUUUCAUCAAGUGUCUUUUGAUAAUGCGUUCCAUUAUUUUACACGCGAUGCAAGUAAGACUGACAGGACGAUAAUUUCCGCAGCCAAGUCUUGAGCCUCCUUUUUGGAUCGGAGUAAUGAGUGCGCACUUCCAUUCUUCCGGCAGCUCGCCGUCUUCAAAUGACUUUUGAAAUAUUGCGGAUAAGGGUUUGCACAGUUCAUUAGCAAGUUCACGAAGUGCUAGGGCGGGAAUUCUAUCUGGGCCAGGCGAUUUGGCAGGUUUCAGCCGGAGUAGCUCGGACCUAACUAUGGUAGAUGAAAAGAGUGGUUCCUCGGUUAAGGAGAGUAGGGAGGGGAUAGGAGGGGGAAGGGUACUGGGCGGAACGGUUGGUCGGCGAAUGGAUGGAUGGGCAAAUAUAGCACUAGGUUCUCGGGUGAAAAGGGACUGAAAGAAGUCGGAAAGGAGGGACGCUUUAACCUGGUCAUCAAUCUCCACUUUUCCAUCUGCAGACCUGAGGGCAGGGAUGAGCUCCUGAGUCCUUUUAGUACUUCGUAUAUAACCAUAUAGAAUUUUCGGAUGCUCCAACGAAUUUCGGAGGAUGUUUAGUUCAAACUUCGCUCGCAGCUUUGAGGCCUCACUUUUACAGACGUCUCGUUGCCGCUUAUAUUCCUGUAAGUGUUCGUUGGAGCCAGUUAGUCUGUAACGCCUCCACAGACAAUUUUUUCCUGAAAGAGGCCUUCAAGUCCGGGAUUAUCCAUUUUGGGCGGUUUGUGAUUGUCUUCUUUCUGAGAGGACAAUUGGAAUAAACAAUCUCUUUCAGUAAGGAACUGAAAGUAUUCCAGUUGUCAUUUGCUCGACCAUUCAGUUCAGUCACCCAUGAUAUAGCUGCCGCUUCCCUCCUCAUGAGAGAAUAUUCCCCUUUCCAAAUGUUUCUCUCCCACCUCUCGGGUUGGACGGGUUUGGAAAACAGUGAGUACUCGAAGUAGAGCGUGAUGUGGUCGCUUGACCCUAAUGGCUGUCGGUCCUGCAGGUCUAAUACAUUUUCCUCCUCUCGGGUAAAAAUAAGAUCAAGGCAGUUCGACUGCUGUCAUUCCCUGGCCCGUGUUCCAAAGGUAACAUUCUGGCAGAGAAGUUUGUCCGUUGAGUAUGCAUAUACGGAUUUCAGUCAGUAAAUGACGCACUCAAGUCCUUCAUGAUUCGAGCACGCGCUCAAUAGCAAAUCAUUCUGGUCCCCUAGCUGCCUAACGACAGCGUAGGUAUCAUUUCUUACUGGUCGGUAAAUUAGAGUUGCGAUAAUUCCCAUUGUAAAAUUCAAAAGGCAAUUUGGCGAGCAUACGUCUACUGUCGAAAAAUUCUCCUUAGGCCUCUACAUUUAUAUGACUAUUGAGGUAACGAAAAUGAGAGUAGAUUCCGAGGAUCAUUAAUACCACAUUUGCGGAAGUUGCCUUCUAAACCCAUCCGAACAAAAAGAACUUAGAUUCGACAUUUUGUUUUUUCUCAAUCCCUCCUUUCAUUGCGAUAGGACGGCCAAAAGCGCGACCGGUGUCCUGUUUGCCAUUAAAAGAACCGUUAUAUAUGUAGACAAAUGACUACUUGGUAAAUUAUUUGGAGCCUUUAUUCGUUCGCAACUGGAUUAUGGAAUCCAAACGUGGCACUUUUGGCUGAAGGAAGACUAUAGGUUUUUGGAAAGAGCUCAGAAGAGGGCAGUCGAAACUGUGAAAGGCCAAAAGACUUUAUCUCACAGCUGCAGAACUUAAAGGGUGAGAAUAUCGGGCCAGUCGGAAGACCGAACUGCGUGCUCGCUCCGGGGGCGUGGCAUUCAACUUGGGGCUCGAUAAGUCGAUAGCUAGUUUUGCUAGUCGCUUAUCAAGCACUCUGUGAACAAAUCAGCGGCGCAGCUGGAGGUCUUUCACGUCAGACGAUCGCAAAAUUUUGCUCAAAGCUAGACAAUUAGAAAAGUGUGCGAUUCGAAAAUGUUUUGCGCGAGAACAAUUAGCUUUUCUACAUGAGUGCCGAAACAAAAAUAGUAUACCAAUUUCUUUGCGCGUAAGACCUUCCGUGAAAUCUACGCUAGGAUAGCGAAUUGCAUCUCGUUACGGACAAAGCAUGCUUAAUGCAUUCACAAAUUAUGCCCACUGCCGACAUCGAAAAUUUCAGGUUCCGAGGGAGCAAUACAUGACAUUUUGCCGCGAUACUCCUCCUCUGGACUUAGUUAAAUUUCUGAACGUAACAGUCGUCUAGGCAUCAGAAUUAGAUCAAGAAAAGAAAAGGAGGAUUUUAGACAAAAAUGACUGGUAAUUUCCCAGACAGCUUAUGCAAAUCCCUAGUCUUCUGCAAAUAUAGUAAAUCUAUCCUCGAGAGUCUGUAGCGGGCAACCAACAUGACCGGUCUGGUGUUAUUGUUCACGACCUCGCUGCUUCAAGGUCAUUUGCCCGUUGAGACGAGCCGUCCCAGACGCGAUAACCUGAAGCCACUCGACCGACUUCAGCUUGAACACAAUUGCGUCCUCGCAGUGUCGCUGCUACCUAUGCGGCCACUUGAACGCAUCUCCCUUUGCAGCCAGCAAUCCAAGUCUCUGGGACACCAUCCCUCGGCAAGUGCAAAAUAUACUGGUUGGGCGCCACUUGAGCUUGGUCCAGAGCUUAUAAAAGCGGCUGCCACCACUAUCUCAGGUGCUAUCAGGCGUCACUGCACGCAGUCAAAAUCAGCCCUGGCUUCGCCAGUGGCCACUACCGCCCGAGAGGACAACUUCGGGUUCUGUGCACAAGAAACCCCUCAUUAUGGUGCCUUCCGUCUCCCUACGACUUGGGACUUGACCUGGUGGUUGUAGCGCUCAGAGAACAUAUUCCGGCCGCUUAGCACCAACAAGUCCUAGCAAAAACGGAGGAGAAUCUGUUUUCCAAAGGAAUGAAAUGUAAUCGUUCCGAUUCGAACUACUCGGCCUUCCUUGCAAACUUUAAACGCAUCAUAUCUGCGGCGGAACUUGCGGAAGGUGAGCAACUUAUAAUCCGAAGCUGUACUUUACGGUCCUUAAGAGUUCGGAAUCACCUUUCAGCGCUACCACAUGAAAAGAGAAAAGCAUUUAAAAAAUUUGAAACUAACAAGUACCUUGCCAUUCUUCCCACAGACAAAGGAGGCUUAACUGCGAUUUUGAGCAAAUAAGACUACAAUAGGAAGACGGUGGGACUUUUAGAAGAUAGCUUAACAUAUAAGCCUCUUUCUACCGACCCUACGAAGGGACAGAACUCGUCCAUUGAUAGAGUACUAAAGUGCCUCAUAGGAAUGAAAAAACUGUCAGGGUGUAUCAUACUCCAAGAGUCUUAAUCUUUCCGAACACUGCGCUCUGAUAGUCUCCGAAGCGCGUGCAGCGACCGGGUUUAUCUUUCGAAAUUUUAAAAUUGACGAUAUAGGGGUGUGCCUUUAUAAAAUGUACGUUAGACCUGGCGUGGAAUACUAUUCGUUUUCAUUUAGCCUCAUGCGUGCUGCUGAGUGGAAUAAAAUAUAAACUGUUCAACAUUUUCACCAAGAGAGUUUUUGUCUCGAGACGCCGGAAUUUGACUUACCAGUGUUGCGAGUUUACAGGUCUUGAUCUCUUGUGGUUUCGCAAAUUACAAAAGGUGUUAUUUUUACUAUUUAAACUUUUAAACAAUUGUACUUUCAACACGCUUACUAUUUCAAGACAUCUUGAUCACCUUUGACAUAACAGUCAUCGUGGGAUUUUUUAUUUCUUCAUCUGGCACGUACCGUUAAACACCGCCAGUUCUUUUCUGUGAACACAAUUUUAAUUUAGAACACAUUACACAGCAAUGAGAAGAUUCUGCAAACUUCUUCGUUGUUUAAGCGAACUAUUACUUCCUUCUUGCAUUCAGAAAAAUUCUCUCAAAUCUUAUGCGCGGAGUCCCUCGAUUUUAAAUUAAAUUAAAUUGAAAAUUAAAUUAUUUUUAUUAAAGACCCGUCGGGGUCCCAUCAAAGCAAGUAAAAAUAAAUUUACAGGCAAAUUUUAGAAGAGGUAGGCAAAAUCUGUACAAAGUGCAAUACAAUGUUUUUGAGAUUAGAAGUCCGUUAAGCAAAAUGAAAAACGAGGGGUGAAAAAAAAACUCCAGAGCAAAAUUUAAAAAUGACAAUGUGUGUCAACAGCGAGCACUAGGUUCAGUCGCCAGCAAAAUGUAGUUAUAAAGGGAGUACCCGAAUCAACGGCAACAAUUCCAAAGGAGAGAGUUAAGCAUGACUUAGACCUUCUUCAAGUGUAUGCGAAAACUUUGUUAAGAGACGAUGAGUCACUAAGUGUUCUCAAAGCAUUCCGAAUAGGGAAGAGUCAGUCAGCAUCCGGUUCCAAUUCCCGGCCUCGACCCCUAAAAGUCAUUUUGGAGACUGAAGCGCAGGCCCAGCUUCUGUUACAGAGAAAAUCAUCUCUACGGGGUCAGCAUCCUGAAGUUUUUUUCAGCCGGAUUACGAGCCAAAAGAGCGAAUGAAAAUGAGAGAGCUGAUAACGGAGCUGGAAAAGCGGAGAAACAGCGGCGAAACACACCUACAAAUCAAGAAUGGACAAAUAAUUCAGGUCAAACGGACAUUUCUCUGGCCGAAGGCCGUCAUUCUGCCAGCCUAACCGACGCAAAGGUGCCAACUCCUGAGGCUGCUCGAACCAGUGGCCGCUGUCUAGAAAUCUACUACACUAACUGUCAGAGUCUUCUCAACAAGCUAGAUGAACUCAGAUUACUAGUUUCUGAACAGAAUCCACACAUAAUUGUCCUAACAGGGACAUGGUUGACUGAGGAAAUGAGUAGUAGCGAAGUCAGAAUUGAAGGCUACCAACUGUUCCGUUGUGACAGAUUUCACCGUAGAGGUGGAGGCACAGCUAUUUAUGUGUCAAAUGAAAUUGCGUGCUGUCAACGAGAAAUAUCCGAUGGGGCGCCCCGAAAUUUUGAAAUAAUUUCAUGCAAGAUAUGCAUCAAACAAUUACCGACACUGAACCUGUGUGUUGUCUAUAGGCCUCCCAGCUUGAAUGAAAUCGCCGAUAUGGAAUUACUUAGUGUACUGGAGUUGUUAUGUAAGCAGGAGAACUUACUACUUCUGGGUGACUUCAACGCUCCAGGAAUAGACUGGAACAUUCCCCUAACAAACGCCCCGUCCACGUCAUUUGAUCACAAGCUACUACAGCUCUCCCUGAAUGAAUACCUCAUUCAGCACAUAAAAUUCGGAACAAGAAUGAGAGAAGGACAACGAUCUAACUGUUUAGAUCUCGUUUUCAGUAAAGAAGAAGGACUCAUAAAGGAAGUUAAUCCACAACCUCCACUUGGUUUAAGCGAUCAUAUUGCUUUUACCUGCGUGUGCUCUGUCCUAUCCAACCAACAACCAAAAAUCAAGACGCGCAGAAAUACUUGGAAGGGUGACUUUAACGCAAUGAGACGCACUCUUUUGGAGGAAACCUGGUUGGUCAACAAAGAAGACUCAGACGAAUUUUGGCAAUACUUUCGCGGGAUUAUGGAGCGUCUGAUUGAUUCCCAUUGUCCAAUAAAAAUGAAAAGACCAUGUAUGCGACCGCCGUGGGUCAAUCCGACGACAAAAAAGACCAUGAAAACGAAACAGAGACUCUGGAAAAAGUAUUUGCAACUUCGAGAUCCAAGGUCACUCGCCGAAUAUAAAGAUCAGCGCAAUAAAUGCCGCAAAGAAAUACGGGUUGCUAGAACUUCUUUCGAGCGUCGACUGAUAGCAGAAUCCAUUACAUGUGCCAAGAAGUUUUACGGGUACAUCCGCAGUAGGAGGAAACAUAGGGACGAAAUUGCGUGUCUAAAGGAUAGCCUCGGAAACUUAUUAGUUGAAGGGUCACAGAAAGUGCGAUUACUCUCUCAGAUUUUUCAAUCGGUUUUUACGGAGGUGUCCCUAGAAGACAAUCAGCAGUUUGAAAUGGACCGAGACAGCCGGGAGCUUCAAAUGCGCCAAAAUAUUGCCGUCAUUAAAACCGUCGCCUUUUCCGUGGAAGAAGUCAGACGCGUCCUCAGUCAAAUAAAACCUGAUAAGUCUCCUGGACCCGACGGAAUUCCCGGGCUGAUACUUAAGGAGCUAUCAACGGAGCUGUCAAAGCCUCUUUCGACUCUCUUUGAGCUGUCAAUGAGAACAGGAAGGCCGCCCUCACAGUGGAAGACAGCUAACCUCGUUCCAUUGCAUAAGGGAGGUAGCAGGAUGACAGCAAGCAGCUUUCGACCUAUUAGCUUAACUUGCCUCCCUUGCAAAACGAUGGAAGCUAUAGUAAAGAACGCUAUACAGCAAUUUUGUGAAGAAAAUAACAUCUUACAGGAUUUUCAACAUGGCUUCAGGAGAGGACGUUCCUGCCUCUCAAAUCUGCUAGCUUGUCUGGAAAUCUGGACCAGGGCUCUAGAAAAGGGUUUUGAGGUCGAUGUCGUGUACAUCGAUUUCCGCAAAGCUUUUGACACUGUCCCACACCAACGUCUUCUUCACAAAUUGAGCGACAUCGGCAUCCGGGGAGAUCUUCUGAACUGGAUUAGGGCGUUUCUGGUUGGUCGGAAACAACGCGUCUGUAUCGGGGAUGAUAUGUCAGAAUGGGUGAAUGUGACCAGUGGUGUGCCGCAAGGCUCAGUUCUGGGACCAUUGCUCUUCAUCCUUUACGUUAACGACAGCCUUCAGGAACUCGACUGCGGCAAAAUAAUGUUUGCAGACGACGUUAAACUCUGGCAAGUCAUUAAGGGUCCGACUGAUCAGACAUCUCUUCAAGAUAAUCUGCACCGACUGCAAGCGUGGUCGAAGAAAUGA